CUUUCUUUCCCCUUUGCCUGCAGCCAACUUUAGCUUUUCUCUUUCUCUCUCUCUCUGAUAUCUUUCUCUCUCUCUCCCUUCUCCCCUCUUCUUUCUCUCUUCCUAGUUCCUACCCCCUUCUUCUCUGCAAAUUAGAGAGAUCAGGCCAGGCCAGGCAGCUGUAGCUAGGCUAGCUAGUAGCUAGGGUUGGUGCUUGCAGGGGGAGAGAGAGAGAGAGGUAGCCUUUCCGGCCUCCCUUGCAUAUCAAGCCUUGAGAUCAGACCUCGCCUUUCUGGCUCCCAAACACAAGGUUAGUAGUAGUCCUCUCGGCUCGGUUGGUGGAUAGUGGAUACCGCAAGAAGAGGUAGACACAGGGAGCUAGGGGUGCAAGAAGAGAGAGGAUCAUCAGCCAGCUCUAGCCAGAAGAGGAACAAGGAAGAGAUCAGGGGCCUGGCAGUACGUAGCUGUUGGAUAUAUACAUAGCGAGUAAGGAGGGCCGGCCGAGAAUUCUGUACAGAUAUGUCUCAGGCGAUGUCCGGCGGUGGUGGUGGUGGCGGCGGCGGCGGUGCGGGGCAGUUCGGCGACACGACCUUCACCAAGGUGUUCGUGGGGGGACUUGCGUGGGAGACGCAUAAGGAGGGUAUGCGGGCCUACUUCCAGCAGUUCGGCGACAUCCUUGAGGCCGUCGUCAUCACCGACAAGAACACAGGCAGAUCCAAGGGAUACGGAUUUGUAACUUUCCGUGAGCCAGAGGCGGCGCUGAGAGCUUGCAUCGAUCCGUACCCGGUGAUUGAUGGAAGGAGGGCCAACUGCAAUCUUGCCUAUCUCGGCGUCAACAAGUCCAAGACAGCACUGCUGCCGUCGUAUCUGCAACCAUAUGCUCAUGUUUACGGAGGAGGGGGAGGCAGCAACAACAUGCGGGCAACAAUGAAGUCUUUUCAGACAGCUGGUGCUGGUGGUGCCAGCUUGAUGAGCUUCGUCCCGGCGGCCGAUCAUGGCAUCCAGCAAGGGAUUCCUACUUACAGUGUGUACGCCGGGUACUCUCCCUAUAUCUCGGACUACGGCUACCCGCUGAGCUACUAUCAGCCCUACGCUGGUCUGCAGCAGGGAGCCCAGCUACAGCAGUACGCCAUCUUGGGCGGCGGAGGAGCAACAGCGACGGCGCCGGCGGGGCUAACAAUGGCGCCGGAGGCGGCCAACCCCUCCGCACUGUACCCUUACUUCCAGUACGCUCCGGCGGCGGCCAUGGCCGCUGGUGGGUACGGCAUGGUGCAGUACCCCCAGUUGUACCAGUACGCUGCUGCGGCUGCGGUGGGUGGCACGACGGCGGCGACCACCCUGGCCGCCGUUGCCGGCGGCCUCCAGCAGUACGGCGGCGCGGUGGCGUUUACUCCUAAUUCCAUUGCCCAAGCAGGCAUGACAAUGUCUCUGACGUCUCCAACUCUGGCAGCACCGACAGCGCAGCAGUACUACAGCAGGCUGGUUCCUUCUCCCCUGGCUGCUGCAGCAACCGAUCAGAAGCCCAGCUUGGCCUAGACACCAUGGCUGCUAGACAAUGCAACUACCAGUCUCUCAACCAUCAACAACCAUGCAUGCACGCACCUAUCUUCUUUAAUUCCUUCGGUACGAGUCAGUAUAUCCAAACAGUCAACGCAUAUCAUGCAUCUCUUCUAGCUCUCUUAACACAGCAAGUCUUAAUUGGAUGGCUUAAUUCAUUUGAAACCGCAGGCAUGCAGUGUACGUGUGUGAUAGCUAGGUACUCACCAUGCAUGCAUGCACACACAUGCAUCUGCUCGCCUGCGCGUACGUACACUUGAUGAGAGACUUGACUAACUUGUUGACGGCGAUGCUCACUCUGGGUUGGGUGCUGCAUUCGCCUGACUUCUAACCAAUGCAAAAGGACCAUGGCAGGUCCGUCCAAUUUUCCAUGCAUCAGCAUCCUUUAUUACUUGUGCUAUAAAACCCUCUGAUGAAUCCAUAAUGUCUAUACUAGCUCAUCAGUGAUCAGUUUAGUAGUAGAAAGGAUAUCAUAUUACUUUAAUUUGUAGUCACCAUGCAUGCAUAUAAAGGUCACCAGUCAGCACCUGUUUUUGUUAAUUAGUCGCCAUGUAAGUUUCAUAUAUUAUAAUAUUAUUACUUUGUAGCUAUAGGCAGACCGAGCUUUGCUAACUGUUCCUUGCAUUCUUAUGGAAGAGUUCAAGGACGAACUGAACUGAUGAGUCGCUGCUGGUUUUUCAUGUGCAGCGUUACUCAACUAAUCCUGUCAUCAUCUCUUAAGAUGACAUUUUUUGUUCACCACGAGCCUUGUGUGGUUCCACAGAAGUUUGUGGAGACGCACACAAAGAAGGUUUUACUGAAUUAUUACCAGUCAAAAUUAAUUUGUGCUACUCAUCAUAUAUAUACAUCAUCGUCUUCAUGAACCAAUGCAACUAAUAACUAGCUAUCUAGGAGCUAGCUGUUGCUCAUCUUAAUCUCUGUUUUUUGACCUUCUUCCCUUCCUCUCUCCCAUAUCACGUCAUGCAUUGACGAUCAUCAUCACAUUGAUCUGUCCUCUUCACCGUACCAAGCAAGCCAGACAUGGAUAUUAGGCUAAGCCAAGCUUCUGAUCCUUCAUCAUCAUCAGAUGAACGAUUAUCACGUACUGGAACCCCCCUGUUAUGAUGACAGACAUAUAUAUAUAUAUAUAUAUAUAUAUAUACUAUCAUUAUUACUGUUCGUCAACGAUAUAUGUAUUAGACACUAUGACGUGUAUUUAGCUUCCUUCUGAGAGGCUAAUGUACAUUGUACCAUGCAUAUCUCUAUCAUAUCUCUUGAGAACUUGAGCAUAUUCACAUGAACUCGUCAGCUAUAUAUGUAUUAAUAUUAAUUGGGGAACUCGAUCUAA